CCGGGGCCGGCAGCCAGAGCGGCACAGGCGGCGGCGGCGAUGGGGGAGCGUUGUUGUGCGGUGGUGCGGGUGCUGGUGCUGCAGGCGGCCUGGGCGCUGUCGGGCGGGCAGGUGCGGUACUCGGUGCCGGAGGAAGCCAAGGCCGGCACGGUGGUGGGCCGUCUGGCGCAGGACCUGGGCCUGGAGGCGGGCGAGGCGGAGGCGCGGCGGCUGCGGCUGGUGGCGCAGGGCCGGCGGGCGAGCGUGGAGGUGAGCGGGGCGAGCGGCGCGCUGCUGGUGAGCUCGCGGCUCGACCGGGAGGAGCUGUGCGGCAAGAGCGCGCCGUGCGCGCUGCGGCUGGAGGUGCUGGUGGAGCGGCCGCUGCGCGUCUUCCAUGUGCAGCUGGAGGUCACCGACAUCAACGACAAUGCCCCCAUCUUCCCCGCCGCCCGGAAAAACCUCAGCAUCGCGGAAUUCACCACUCUGCCGGGGUCUCGUUUCCCGCUGGAGGGCGCGUCGGAUGCGGAUAUCGGAGCGAACGCGCAGCUCUCCUAUACACUCAGCCCCAGCGAGCAUUUUACCCUGGAUGUUAAAUCCUCUGAUGAAAACAGGAAGUCUCUGUUUCUGGUGCUCGCAAAGUCGUUGGACCGCGAGACGAUUCCCGUUCACCGGUUGGUGCUGACGGCGAGUGACGGGGGCCGGCCGUCUCUGACGGGCACCAUGGAGCUGGUGAUCUCGGUGCUGGAUGCAAACGACAACGCGCCCCAGUUCAACGAGUCCGUGUAUAAAGUGCGGCUACUGGAGAGCGCUGAGGUGCGGACGCUCGUAGUGCGUGUGAAUGCCACGGAUCCGGACGAAGGCAGCAAUAAGGAGUUUUCUUACAGCAUCUUGAGUUCGAUUCCUAUCGGUAACAAAGAACUCUUUACCAUUGACACCAAGACGGGCGAGAUCAGACUGACGGGUACUUUGGACUUCGAAAAUGUUCGUUUACACGAACUGCAAAUCGAAGCGACAGAUAAAGGGACACCCCCGCUGUCAGGUCACUGCAGCGUGGAACUGGAGGUGCUGGAUGUGAACGACAACGCGCCGGAGGUGUGGGUGACGUCGCUGUCGGUGCCGGUGCCGGAGGACGCGUCGGUGGGGACGGUGGUGGCCCUGCUGAGCGUGUCGGACCGGGACUCGGGGGCGAACGGUCGCGUGCGGUGCUGGGUGUGGCCGGCGUCGCCGUUCGGUCUGGAGGCGACGUUCGCGGGCUCGUACUCGCUGGUGCUGCGCGAGGCGCUGGACCGGGAGCGGGUGUCGGAGUACGAGGUGGAGGUGCGUGCGGAGGACGGCGGGGCGCCGGCGCUGCGCGGCAGGCGCGGGCUGCGGGUGGCGGUGUCGGACGUGAACGACAACGCGCCGGCGUUCGCGCAGGCCGUGUACACGGUGCUGGCGCGGGAGAACAACGCGGCGGGCGCGGAGCUGGCGCGGCUGUGGGCGCGGGACCCGGACGAGGCGGGCAACGGGCGCGUGAGCUACUCGGUGUGGGAGGGCGGCGUGGGCGGCGGGUGGCGUCCGGCGUCGAGCUACGUGUCGGUGGACGCGGAGAGCGGGCGUCUGUGGGCGCUGCAGCCCUUGGACUACGAGGAGCUGCAGGUGCUGCAGUUCGAGGUGCGUGCGGUGGACGCGGGCGAGCCGCCGCUGUGCGGCAACGCCACGGUGCAGCUGUUCGUGCUGGACGAGAACGACAACGCGCCGGCGCUGCUGCCGCCUGCGGGCUCGGCGCCGGAGGCGGGCGGCGUGGCGGGCGAGGCGGCGGCGGCGGCGGCGGGCUCGGUGUCGGUGUCGGGCACGCUGUGGGCGUGGGCGGCGUGGGGGGCGCCGGCGGGGCAGGUGGUGGCGAAGAUCCGCGCCGUGGACGCCGACUCGGGCUACAACGCGUGGCUGCGCUACGAGCUGUGGGAGCCGCGGGGCAAGGGCCCGUUCCGCGUGGGGCUCUACAGCGGCGAGGUGAGCACGGCGCGGGCGCUGGAGGAGGCGGACGGCCCUCGCCAGCGGCUGCUGAUCGUGGUGCGCGACCACGGCGAGCCGGCGCGCUCGGCCACGGCCACGCUCAGCGUGUCGCUGGUGGAGGCCGCCGAGGCGGCGCUGGCCGCGGCCGCGGGAUCGUCGUCGUCGUCGUCGCGGUCGGCGGCGGGCGCGGAGAUGGGCGCUGGUGCGGCGAGUGCGGCGACGAACGUGUGGCUGGUGGUGGCCAUCUGCGCGGUGUCGAGCCUGUUCCUGCUGGCCGUGGUGCUGUACGGGGCGUCGCGCUGGGCGCCGCGGGCGGCCGUGCUGUCGGGGCCCGGGCCCACGACGCUCGUGUGCGCCAGCGAAGUGGGCAGCUGGUCGUACUCGCAGCGCCACAGCCGGAGCCUGUGCGUGGCGGACGGCGCGGGCAAGAGCGACCUCAUGGUUUUCAGCCCCAACUUCCCUCCGCCGCCGCCCGGCCCCGCGGCCAAGGACACGCAGCCGGAGCCCUCCGCUCUCCUGGACACGGUCAGUGGCUCUUCCUUUCUCGGUCUGCCCCUUCUGAUCCUCCCCUGGGCAGUUGCUGUUUAAAACCGGGCUCCGCCCUCGCGGUGCGGGGGCGGUCCGUGCUUCGUGUCCCUUUACCCUUUGACUGCUGGUUGCAUUAUUCCUCAUUUUCAUGGUCUUUAAUGGUCACCGCUGACGAUUUUUUAUGUCAGUGUUAUCUUCUCUCUUCUUACUGUAUUAAGGACGGGAGCUCUACAAAAUACUUGUAUCUUGGUGCACUCUGUAUUUCUGGAAAGUUGAAUGGAAUAUUUUUGUCUUGCAGCA